UUUUGCUUGUUUUCUAGUGUACGCAAUCGGUGCCACUCGCUAGUCAGGUCAGUGUUUGGUCGGUCCACCGUGACUCGGUUGGAUCUCUGUUCCCUUCAGUGUGUUAAUUCAGCACGCACUGUGUUCUUGUAGUUAAGAUGCCUGUCUUCGUGCGUCUGCCGCUUUCGCGCAAAACGAUGUGCAUCGAAUGCGACGUUCACGGUGCGCCCGUAGAGCAAAUCUACCGUGAAGUUUCUCGAGUUGAGGGAAUACCGGGCGAGUUCCUGACCCUGACCUACGGCGGACUACGGCUAGUUGAAACCUCGGUGACCGAUGGGCAGUGGCUGACGUGCUCUGUGACUGGUCUCCUCGGAGGCAAAGGCGGCUUCGGCUCUAUGCUAAGGGCCAUCGGCGCUCAGAUCGAGAAGACGACAAAUCGCGAAGCCUGCAGAGAUCUCAGUGGAAGGAGACUGCGGGACAUUAACCACGAAGCACGCUUGAAGCGUUGGGUGGCCAAGCAAGCUGAGCGGGAAAAUCAGCGCAAGCAGCGGAAGGAGUACCGUGAACCAGAACACCAUCUGGAGGAUCCGGAGUACGAGCGCAUUCGGGAACAGAUCCCAGAACGCAUCCAAGAUGCUGUCUCACAGGGGCUGUCUGCCGGCAGCAAGCGACCGGCCGCCUCCACCAGCGGGGAGUGCAGCUCGAGGAAACGACCUGCAGCUGCCCUGUGGCUGCCAGAUGUUCCAAGCGACGAGUCUUCUGAUGACGACUCAGACUCAACUCCGGAAAAUCGAGAUGCGUCUGCGAAAACGGAGAGCUCGAGUGAGCAGGACGCUCCAAGUGAAGAACCCACGUCUGCUGGAGCAGAGACAGAGUCGUCCAGGGAUGGUGAAGACAGUCUCCCGAGGAAACGGGACGACGUCCAAGGCACCGAGUGCUCCACAGCCGCAACCUCGACAGAGAUGCCCUGUGCAGAAGAACCACAGCUACCAGACACGGACAAAUAAAGCUUGCCUUUAUUGUUCUC